AUGGCUGCAGCUGGUAGCGGGUCGAGAUGGGAUGGACUCAUGACAACCGCGAAUCCGUUCCAGCGACAAUUCGACACAAGUGCACGUAUGGGGGUGAUAUCAUCCAGUCAGGGCCUGGGAAACGGUCAAAACAUUGUACGCACAGCUCUCGUCGAUCAAAGAGUCAACACCGUCGAUCCAUCAUUUUACGACUGCUUCUACGGUAUCGCUAAUACACAAGCAACAGUUGUUGAAAGAUGCUACAAGGAUAUUGGUUGCUGUCAGUAUGGAUGCUGUCACAAUCACGACUGGCACAACAAAUAUGGAUGGGCGGUUGCGUUGAUCGUAAUCUUCUGCAUACUGGUUGUAAUUGCUGUAGCGAUUUGGCUCAUUGUGUGGUUGAUCAAUAGGGCAAAGGAUAAGCGACAGAAAAGAGAGAUCAUAUACGAUCAAACAUCUUUUACUUCGCCAACUCCAACCCCGAUUAAUGAAUUUCCCGCCAUCGAGCAAUACAGUUUUGAACCUCCAUAUGCCAGAGAUUAUCGUUAUUGA